AUGUAUGUACACUAUUCAAUGCAAGACUCACGAGAAAGGCCCGCAAAACGCGGAAUAAACUUAAAGGUCGUACGCUUUUACUCCAUGGCCAGUUGUCAUGGCCUCAAUUCUUCCAGCUGCACUUACCUCUCGGAUCCUGUUGGUGACCUCAGGCACCACGAGUUGUACAUUUUCGGAACAACAUUCCAGGCCUGCUUACGAAACCUUCUGUAUAUCACAGACAGAGGCUGUCAGUAA